AUGGACCUAGGUCGACUCAGGAUGAGUUCGUCGCCACAAUCGAUGAUCUCAGCAAGUACAACAUUAGUGGAGUCAUCUCUUGCCAAUGAAAGCUCAAAGCUACAUUCCCCGAACGAAAAGCCACCGAACGACUACACCUACGAAAAGAAUAUACAAGAUGCUUGGAAAACUGCCAAAGAAACUGUGGAGAGCAAAUGCACGCCUGAACAGCGAAAGCUAUUUACCGGUGCGGCGACAGCAGAUGAUGUUCUUACAACGUUAAGAACAUUGGAAACCCGCCAAAAAUCACGUUUGUCUUUUCGUUGGGUCAAGAAGCUUACUCCGUUUCUUGAUUCUGUCAAACUGUACGAUGGGGCGAUGAAAACGUACUGCAACACCGGCGUUGGAGAGUUGGCCUUGCUUUGGGGAUCUAUCACUUUGGUUUUGGACAUCGCAGGUAGAUUCGUUGGGUGCUUCGACCGUUUUCUCGAUACGUUGUCUCUCCUUGGCGAGAAUCUUCCUCGUAUCAAUGAGUACACAGCGCUGUUUGAGAACCACAAACGCUUACGUGACGUUCUUUCGUACAUAUAUGUCGACUUACUGAAUUUCUGUGUCUUUGUAGUGACCUUCUUUCGCAGGAAAGGUAUAAGCAUGUUCUGGAGGGUUCUGUGGAGCGACAUGGAAAGUCGAACCAAACACAUUGUGGAGAGUAUUAUCCGUCACAAAACCUUAGCUGACGUCGAGGCCAAUGCAGUGGCCAUUAUGGAAGCUAAGAUCGGAAGGGAGGAGGCUAUUGUUCAACACCUCGCCUUCAAAGUCAGGGAGUUGGUCAAGUGGCUUGCUCCUGCCGAUGUUGAAGGUACCCUGGAGCUGUUGGCGAAGACAAGACUACCUGAUAGUGGUGACUGGUUUGUGCAAGGCGAUACUGUCCAGUCUUGGAUCUUGGGUAAAACCAAAGUUUUGUGGAUUCGUGGCAUUCCCGGUUGCGGCAAGAGCACAUUGUGUUCCAGUCUCAUUGAUCAGCUGAGAUCUGACGAGGUUACUACCCAAAACGGACCGGCCACAGUUGGAUUCUUCUGUGACGGAAGUUCGCCAACGAAACGGUCCUCUCUGGCCGUCGUAAAGUCUCUACUUGCCCAGAUCAUAUCGAAGUUCCCCGAGUGCGUUGACCUAGCCUUCGACUCUAUGGUACAAAGUGGACAAGAGAGGGCUACUUCACUGCGGCAGUUAUCGGAACUUCUCCAGACCAUUCUGACAUGUCGACCGAAUGGUCUUAGCUUCCGGAUCAUCAUUGAUGCAUGGGACGAGUGUGAGGAUGGUGAGACGACUGCGUUUUUGGACACGCUCCUCACCUUGGCAAAGGAACACUCGUCUGUUGGGCUACUACUCAGCAGCCGCAAUGAGACGCACAUUCGAUCAAAGCUCAAGUACUAUAACAGUAUCGAGGUCACCCCCAGCCUCAUCCAGAACGAUCUAGAUCGUUACAUACAGGUGGCUCUCGCCCAACCGCCCUUAUCGACUCUACACAACAAUCCUCUGCAAGCAAAGAUCACAACUGUACUCAGGGACAAAGCAGACGGUCAGUUCCUCUGGGUGCGCUUAAUGAUCGAUAACUUGAGAAGGGCAACCCACCUGUGGAAUCUCGAGGACAUCAUCAACUCCUUACCAAAAGGCUUGGAACGUGCUUAUGGGCGUGUACUUGAGAGACUUCUCACCCAGGAUACUGUCAGACAGGAGACAGCUCAUCGUCUGUUCAUGCUGUUGACUUCCUCCGAGCGGCCUCUCUCUAUGGCGGAGUUAAGUGCAGCUUUGUGUAUUCGCGACAAGGCAACAACGCUAAGUGCGCUUGAUCAGUUCCUUGACUUUGACAUGUUUCUGGACGAAGUAUGCGGCUGCUUGGUCCAAGUGGUGAGAGAUGGAGAAGAUCGGGAAGCCAGGGUCAAUUUUGUGCACAUAACGGUGAAACAGUUCCUUACUGGCCCGGAUGAAGUUUGGGAUUUUCAGGCCAAAGAAAUCGCAAAAUUUCGGGUACGCGAACAGGACUCGCAUGACUUCCUUGCCGGGAUCUGCAUUGGACAAAUGUCCUACUCAAAAUUAGGAGCAAACGAAGUUGCAAAGAAGUCCACAAAACAACUGCAUAACGAAUACCCCUUCCUACAAUACGCCUCAACGCAAUGGGCGACGCAUCUCACCAAAGCUGGACCACCUACACAAGCAAAACUGAGUUGGAUACUCGAGUUCCUACAGUCACAAAAUAUGAAACUUCACCUGGAACGUUCAGCACAAGAGAAAACGUCAACCCAAAGCUUGACUAUCACGCAAAGCCAGCUUAACAUGUGGAUUGCAUCAUCAAAAACCAACGAACCUGAGGUCAGCGAGCUACGAAACUGCUUCCGGACUCAGUACGAACGCAUGAUACUGGAAUGCGAAAACGAGCUUGGCAUAGGCCAUCCUCAAACACUCGAAACCAUGCACCAAUUUGCGAUGCUUCUGCACUAUGAAGGUAGAUGGUCGGAUGCAGAGCCUUUGUACCGCAAAGUCCUCGUCAAUCGAAGGAGUCUGUACGGAAUAGGAAGUCUAUCAGCUUUAGAUACAGCGUACGAACUUGCCAUUGUCCUCAGGCGUCUGGGAAACACAGAGGACUCAAAGGAGCUACAGACCGAAGUUCUUGAAGGUCGCACGGCGCUCCUUGGCGAGAACGAUCCAGCCACACUGCUUUCUGAAGACGAACUGGGGCAAGCCCUGAAAGAGCUGAGGCUUCUCGACGAAUCCGUAGCGAUGAGCCGACAAACAUUGACCAGGAAGAUAGCGAUGUUCGGAAAAAAUGACGUACGUACACUUCGAACUGCGAACCUCCUCGCGGCGAUCUUGAAAGAUGUUGGCAUAAAACUCCGCGAAGAAGGGUCAGAUUCUGCAGCACAAGAGACAUUCGAAGAAUGCGAAUCACUGUGCCUGACGUGUCUGAAAGGACGGGAGGCGAUCUAUGGGCCCGGUCAUCCUGAGGUGUGCGCAGUAACCAACAUGCUCGGUAUUGUCUCGAUGUUGCAGAAUAAAUUGGUGGAAAGUGAGCAUUGGCAUCAGCAAACGCUGGAAGGGCGUAUUAAGGUGUUCGGUCCGCACAGUCCGCCUACGCAACAAACGAUGCGAAAUUUGAUUCGUUUAUUGGUGGCUCAACUCAAGACGGUCGAAGCCGCUGAACUACAGGCUAAGCUCCGCGCUAGCCUUGGGAUCAACGGGACACUGCUUCGGCGAGCCAGUUGGGCAUCGUACAAGUCUCUUACUCAGGCUUGA